CAUCUCAGGCGGGGGAGCUGAUGGGGCGAGACAUUGUACCAUACUACUCCUUAGCACGGACUGAAUGGGCGCACUACAUCGUUCACUAGAAUGUCUAGCCCCCGGUUCGACAGUGGCGUUGCAGAUUGACCAUCAAGAGGUCGCCCACAUUGUACCAAGUCAGGCAAUGGCCUGUCAAUAUGCACCGCGCCGGGGCCGGUCACACGUUGUACAGACAUGCGAAGUAUGGAUCUUACCUCUCCAGCUGCUCUCCCGCGAGUGCAUAUAACAGCGACCAUUCCUCAGCUUCUGGCUGAACUUCCCUUGUCCUUUCUUCCUUGUCUCGAUCUCACCCGCCGACUCUCACCCCCCGGCAGCCUUCCAACACCGUCGGCACAAUGGCGUGGCCAGCUCUGCCCCAGUACAACUACAUCUUCGCCAUUGGCACUCUCUUUGCCCUACUCGACGCCUUCAACAAUGGCGCCAAUGAUGUUGCCAACUCCUGGGCGACCAGCGUCUCUUCCCGCUCCAUCUCGUACCGACAGGCUAUGCUUUUCGGUCUCAUCUUCGAAGUCGUAGGUGCCGUCGCCGUCGGUGCUCGAACGGCCGAGACUAUCAAGAACGGUAUCAUUCCGGCUGAGGCCUUCCGAGGCGAUGCUGGUGUUCAGAUGCUUGCCUUCACCUGCGCUCUGGUUGCUGCUUCUUCUUGGGUCAUGUGGUGUACCAAGAACUCCACCCACGUCUCGUCAACUUAUUCGCUCAUUUCUGCUGUCGCUGGUGUUGGUGUUGCUGUUGUUGGUGCCGACAAGGUCCAGUGGGGAUGGAACGGUGGUAAGGGUCUCGGUGCCAUCUUUGCUGGCUUGGGACUGGCUCCUCUGAUCUCUGGUGGCUUCGCUGGUAUCAUCUUCAUGCUUAUCAAGGUCGUCGUCCACAUGCGCAAAAACCCAGUUCCCUGGGCUGUGUGGACCUCCCCCGCUUUCUUCUUCAUCGUUGGAACCAUUUUGACGCUGUCCAUCGUUUACAAGGGGUCGCCCAGUCUCCACCUGAAGGAGAAGCCCGCAUACUGGCUUGCUGGUGUUAUUCUAGGCAGCGGUGCCGCAGUUGCCCUUAUCGCUACUAUCUUUUUCCUGCCUUACGCUCACACCGUUGUCGUCAAGAAGGACCACUCGCUCCAGUGGUGGGAGUUCAUCAAGGGCCCUCUACUGUUCAAGCGUCCCUACCCUGAGGGAGUUGAGUCAGCCAAGGUUCGCAACUACGCCGUUGUGCAAGAGGACGAAGAUGAUCACUCGACUCGAUCACCUGAGUCAUUGAAAGAGGGUGAUGCCGCCUCAAGCGAUGAGAAGCACUUGGUGUCCGCUGAGGUUAAGGAGAAGGACUACAAGGCACUUCUGGCUGAAGGUGACGCUCGGCACCGAGCCAACCUGUGCAAGCGACAAGGACCUAUCGGCUGGGCCAUGCGCACUCUCCGUGACAACCCUAUGGGCGCUGGUGAGAUCUACGAGUUGCACAACAUCAGGGCAUUGGCUGUCCGUUUCCCUGCCCUCAUCGUCGCUACUCUUCUCUACGGUUUCUACUACGACAUCCACUCUGCUCAACACGGUGUUCACGGAACUCCCGAUGGUAAGCGUAUGGAAAUCGUCUACGCCCAUGCCACCAAGUACCCCAACGAAGUUGAGCAUCUGUACUCGUUUGUGCAGAUCUUGACUGCCUGCACUGCUUCCUUCGCCCACGGUGCCAACGAUAUUGGAAACUCCGUCGGUCCCUGGGCUGUCAUCUACGGUGCCUGGACCACUGGUGAUGCCCUCAAGUCUAAGGCCCCUGUCGACCCUUGGCAGCUCGGUGUUCUCGCUGUCACUAUCUCUUUCGGUUUGAUCACCUACGGUUACAACAUCAUGAAGGUCAUGGGUAACAAGAUCACCUACCACUCUCCCAGUCGUGGUACCUCGAUGGAGUUGGGCGCCGCUAUUACCGUCCUUCUCUUCUCCCAGUUCUCUCUUCCUGUGUCUACCUCCAUGUGUAUCACUGGAGCUACCGUCGGUGUCGGUCUAUGCAACGGUACCGUCAAGGCCGUCAACUGGAACCGUGUCCUCCUCUUGCUCAUUGGUUGGAUCUUGACCAUCCCCAUUGCCGGAACCCUCGGUGGUGUACUCAUGGGAAUAGUCAUCAAUGCUCCUCACUUUACGUCUUAAGCUGUGGGAGGGGGCGUUAUAGAUUGGGUGUCACAUAUUUUUACUAUCGUUUGUGACGAAGCCCUGUGUAAUAGGAUUGCUUCUGCUAGAGCUGUUCGAGCUACAUUGAAGGCAUCAUGAUACCCCGAGCUCUGGGUUAGCGUUGGGUGUAAAAAACUUUUUUAUUAGCAUUCUCUGAGAUAUCCCCGUACUACAUACAAGAAUAUAGACCGGAAUAAUUUGUUAUGGACAUAGUACUCAUCGAAGUGAUUAUUUGAUCUGCUCGCGU